UACGCAUUGCGUCAUAGUUUCACUUUUUUUAAAAUCGCUCCACGGUGCGUCAGUGCUUACCACGGCUUUAUUUACAUACCCUUUUGCAUCGCUACGAUUAAUAUGUAGCAAGUUUAUUCUAGAGUAAUGCAGUCCGGACACGCCAGAUGGUAGCUUUAUUUACGUAUUUAUCGCAUUCUACGGAUUACAGACGCAUCGGAAGCAGGGAAACGGAGCGGGUCGCUUUCGAACCCAGCAGUGUGACCUUUGGACACAGGUGAUCGAAGCACCACGUCAUCUUAAGGGACCGCAUGUCUGUGCUGUCACAUGCGUUAAACACCCCGGAAGCAGUAAUGCGCCACAAAAUAACCAUGUUGACAAGUGGCCGCGCAAACAACCCGUAGGAGACGGGUCAGAUUAACCCAAGCGAGACUUGAUGUCUCUGUUUAACCGAUGAAUCUGGCUUUGAGAGACGACUUAUAUUAGACGGAUAUUUGAAGAUCAGGCGGCGGGGUAAAGCCGUUUGCGCGUUAAAUGCCCUCUUUAGUUGACAGGUACGGCGGCGGGCUGAACAUGCACUACAUCUUCAUAUCCGUCUUCGCCCUGCUGCUUUCCUCCGGAUUUAUGAGUCGCCUGUGUUCCGGCAAUCAUUACCACGGUGAACCGGAAACCCCGGACUGGCGAAUGGCUCUGAAAACAAUACGGAAUGGCGUCCAUAAGAUAGACACGUACCUCAACGCCGCCCUGGAUCUGUUCGGAGGGGAAGACGGUCUGUGUCAUUAUAAGUGCAGCGAUGGUUAUAAACCGGUGCCUCGCCGCGGUUAUAAACCCCCGCCGCCGAACGGAUGCGGAUCUCCAGUGUUUGGGCUUCAGUUUGACAUCGGCAUCCCUUCCAUGACUAAGUGCUGUAACCAGCAUGACCGAUGCUAUGACACUUGUGGCAGCGACAAGCACGACUGUGACGAGCAGUUUCAAGUCUGCUUGGAGACCAUCUGCCGGAACGUGCAGCGCACGCUGGGAUUGUCUCAAAGCGUACAAGCCUGCGAGUCGGCAGUGAGGCUGCUGUUCGACGCCGUCAUGCACCUGGGCUGUAAGCCAUACCUGGACAGCCAGAGAGCCUCUUGCAUGUGUCAGUAUGAAGAUAAAGCGGAGCUGUGAUGCCAGGGACUACCUGGGAUGGUUGGCACAGAUGCGGGCACUACGCCAACGGCUCAGGAAUAAGGAUGUGCAAGCUCAUGGUGGCAAAGUUGAUCUGGACCAAGUGUAAUGAGCACAUCGCUAAUUGCAAGGUCACGUGACCCUCAUGUAGAUUCAUAUAUCAAUGUAUAUGAGUGUACUGAGCUUUUUCUGUGUACACAACUGUUCCCAGAACUGUUUUCCACCAGAAUGUUUAUAAAGCCAGUUUCAUAUCAAUGUUUUUUUUUAAUGCGGUGUUGCAUUGAUGUUUCUCGUUUGACUGCUUAUGUUCAGUGUCUCUUCCCUGAAGAUCUUGCCCCCUAAGCCUACACUACUUUACCCAUUAGGUCAUAGAUAUGUGUGCAUGGUCGUAGAUCAUGUGACCCCAUUUGCGGGUAUAUGAGACGCUGUUUGCUAGUGACGUUCUCUAAGAAAGAAAUUUAGACUGCCAUCCUUACUUGUAUGGUGAAAAAAACAGCACAAUAUUCAUCUCUAAAUUAGGUAAAUCUUCUGUCAUUUUAUUUUUUUUAGCUAGCUAAACCAUGUUUUAUACCGAAACAUUUGUGAGUUAUCUUUGCAGUUUAGAAGAAAAGUGAGCGUUUCAGUCGACCAAGAUGAAUGCACGAUUACCAGUGACAAGAACACUACCGGCUAUGAAUUUAAACGAAUGAAUGAAUGAAUAAAUGACUGGAUGAAUUAAUGAAA